GAUUGUAUACACCUGUGUCCAUGGAGGGGAUUGGAACACCUGAAUCACAUGAUACGGUGGGGAUUGGAACACCUGAAUCACAUGAUACGGAGGGGAUUGGAACACCUGAAUCACAUGAUACGGAGGGGAUUGGAACACCUGAAUCACAUGAUACGGAGGGGAUUGGAACACCUGAAUCACAUGAUACGGAGGGGAUUGGAACAUAUGAAUCACAUGAUACGGAGGGGAUUGGAACACCUGAAUCACAUGAUAUGGGAGGGGAUUGGAACACCUGAAUCACAUGAUACGGAGGGGAUUGGAACACCUGAAUCACAUGAUUGGAGGGGAUUGGAACAUAUGAAUCCAAUGACUGGAGGGCGGAUACAAUACUUUUGGCUAUAAUGUGUAGGUUCAUGGGGAGGU